AUGUAAGAACUAAAAUCUCCGAAGUUGUUAAAUAAUCUAGUCUCGAACACUUAAAAAAAAUAAAAUUCUAUCCCUCCCUCAACAGAUAUUAAUAUUCUCCAAUAAAUUUUAGACCAAGUUUAACCUGUAGAGAUUUUACAUAUGAAUAAUAAUGAUGGUUAAGAAAGUAAACUCAAUAUUUAAUAUUAUAGAGACAAAUUAAAAAAGAAACAAUAAAACUCUUAAAAUUAAUGAAGAUUAAGCAGAAUAAUAGUUAAUAGACUUUAUGUAAUUAGGUAUUUAAGACUAUGAAGCUAAUUAAUAUUCACAAUGUGUAUAUCACUUAAAAUAAGCAGAAUAAAUAUUAACUGUAAUUUCCUAUUCUAAUCCAUUAAUUCAUUGUUUCCUAAUAAUAAGAAUAAAUUUAGGAAUAGUCUUUUAUGCAAUUGGUUGGUUAGAAUAAGCAUUUACUUGUUUUGAAGAUGCAAUUUUAGCUUUAAAAAAAACCCCAAGAACAGAUUAAGAAGGGUAUUUGUUAUCAAUUAUACGUCUGCAUUGUUAUUUGUAAUGCUGUAUCAUUCUUUCAGAGAGUGAUCAACAUUCUGAAGCUUUGGCUUUUGCUAAAAUGGCAAUAAGAAAAUCAUCAAAAAUAUUAAUAGAUCUUCAAAAAUAUAUGCAAAGUUAAAUACAUUAAUAAGUUCUUGAGGAAAUUCUUAGGAAGAGUAUACCAAUUUUAAAACCAAAACAUCAAACCAUAGUUUAGGGUUAUUAAAUUCAAACCUAAACUACUUAAGAAGUAAAAUGAUUAGUAUUAAAGAGUUAUGAUUAAGUGUAUUCUGAAUGUCCAUAAACAUAUUAUCAAAGAGCCAAUAUAUUAUACUUCAUCCAAAUGAAUCCAAUAAAUUUAAAUAAUUUCAAACAUGAGAUGGACUUUCCUACUAAUUAAUAAUAUUUACAUAUGAUUUGUUUAUUUGUGAUUUCCUUAUAUUGCACUUCACAGAGUCUAAAUUUGUAUAGAAAGUUGAAUCUUUCUGUUUUAGUGAAGCAGAGAAUUAUUUAUCAAGGGCUUUAGAAAUAGCUUACUUAUAUUUACCAAAAGAUUUACCAUUAAUAAACUAAUUGUUGAAUGUUCAUAUAAAAUUUUACGAUAUAUCAAAAUAAGUAUUUAUUUACUUGAAAAUCUAGGCAAUUGAUGAAGAUGCAAAGAUUAAGAUGGAUUAAGGAAAUUUUGAGAUUGUAUUACUUAAACCAAUUAUUGAAUCAUAAAAAUGUGGUUUUGUUAUUCCAAUCAUUAGAAAAUGUAAUCAAUAAAUAAUUUCAAAGCCAAAUAUAUUGGAAUGAAAAGUAGGACUAGAUCUAUGAAAGAAUAAUUAUUCUCAAAUACUAAGCUAGCCAAUUUUAAUAUUGAACCAGAGUAAUAAAUUUAUGAAGUUUAAAAUAAAACUCAUAAACAGAAAUUAAGAUCUAUAUCAACCACAAACAAAUAUAAAUCUAAUUCUUCAAAAUGGGUCAAUCAUUAAUUAGCAGAAGUCUAUUUGCAAUAAUAAUAUCCUUUUAAAUCUAUUCAAAUUAAAAAGUAUUCAUAAAAAUAUAAUAAUAAAACUGUUGAAUUAGGUUCUGCAAAAAAUUCAACUAAUUAUAAAAGUAAAAUUAAUAGAUCAGAAAAUUAAAAUUAUAAAAAAUAAUUAAAUAUGUAAUUAAUGAUUACCAAUAUAAAUUAAAAUGCAAAUAGUGGAUAGACAAUUCAAAUAACUAAUGUAAUAUAAUUAUUAUUAUUUAAUAAGAAAAAGAAUAAUUAAUCAAUUAAUUUUGAUUAAAUAAUCACUAAGAGUCCGGUUAAUCUAUUUUUCUAGAAAUAAAAAGAUGAUAAAAAACUUUCGACUAUUUAAUAGAAAUUUAAAUCUGUAUUAAAACAAUGUUGA